UAUUUUUAACUUGCGGAGUACAGACGUAAUACUUGCGUUGUAAAGUCGGUGAUUUCUUUCAAUUGAAUUAAAAAUUAUCUAAACUAUAUAAUAGAACACACUGAAGAUAUAUAAAAACGAUGGCGAAGAAACUCCAAUUAUGCGGUACCGAAGCGGAAAUGAGAGAGAUAGCGGGUAGGAUCUGCAGGAACUACCUCCACGGUGCUUGGAAGAGCGUUGAUCCAACGGAUCUGGACUUCAGACGGAUCAGUGGUGGCCUCUCCAAUUUCCUGUACUAUGUCGCCCUGCCGUCAGACACGUCGAAACUCGGCGGGUACGCGAGAGAGAACUCGCCAGAGACGGAGGAGAGUCGACUGGUGAAGAAACCGAUUUUGAGUUCCCAUUCCUUUUCGAUGGAUGAACCGAAAAAGGUGUUGCUGAGAAUUUAUGGACAAGUCCAUGGCGAGCGCGCGAUGGACGCUAUAGUGACUGAAUCUGUGAUAUUCACAUUGCUCUCUGAGAGGAGAUUGGGUCCGAAGCUCCAUGGCGUGUUCUCUGGGGGGAGGAUCGAGGAAUAUAUACCUGCGCGUUCACUUCUCACAAAAGAAUUAUCCGAACCGGCUCUGUCCAUGAAAAUAGCGGAGAAGAUGGCUGCCAUACAUUCGAUGGACGUGCCGCUGUCCAAGGAACCUAACUGGUUGUGGAAGACCAUGGGCAAGUGGAUGAAGACGGUCAAGGAGGAGAGGCUGGCGCAGAAUGCGACUGGCAAGAACGAUGAAGAACAGAGCAUAAUAAAACAGCUUAAGUCAGUCGAUUAUGAGAAAGAGGUUGAGUGGUUGAAGAAGUUCCUCGCGUCAGUCGAGUCCCCGGUCGUGUUCUGUCACAAUGACAUGCAGGAGGGUAACAUUCUCAUUCUGGAAGACGAAAUCCAAUCAACAUCAGAUGAUGAGCUAUACACAUACGAUGACUCAAAGAAAAGUCAGUACGUUCUGACCCAAUACGACGACACGAACACAUCUGACUCCAUUCACAGUCACAUAUCAGACUCGGGCGAACCGAAGUUGGUGCUCAUCGACUUUGAGUACUGUGCGUACAAUUACAGGGGUUUCGAUAUAGCGAACCAUUUCCAGGAAUGGUCGUACGAUUACACGAAUCCGGAACAUCCCUUCUAUUAUGAGAAUCAAGAGAAUUCUCCCACUUUGGAACAGAAGGAGAUAUUCAUCAAGGAGUACCUAAAGCAUUACCACACCAACCUCUCGGAGGACAAAGAGGUUGAACCCUCGAUCGAUGACAUAAAUCAGCUGUUGUGCGAAGUCGACGCCUUCGCCUUGGCCAGUCACUUCUUCUGGUGUCUCUGGUCCAUUGUGAACGCAUCCAAGAGUCAGAUACCCUUCGGAUACUGGGAAUACGCGCUAUCCAGGCUGGAUACCUACCUGCGCUUAAAGCAGGAGGUCGUGAAAAAAGACAAAUACGGCUUCCCGCAGAAGAGGAAAAUCUGCGAAGUGGACAUUUGAGUUAAGUGCGACUAAGUCCUUGUCUAAAAUCGGAGGUGCGAGCGAGACGGAAGGAACUGAUCAUUCAGCGUGUGUGAAAUCGUUAGCGGAAAGAUUAAUUUCGAUUUUGUUGUGAUAUUUUUAUUUUUGAACACGCUGUAUAUAGAAGAUUUUUUUUUUCGUACACAUUAUUAAACAUGCUAUAUAUCUGUAUAGUAUGUAUGUAUAUAUAUCAGUUGAUAAUAUAUGUUAUAUAUUUAUUGGUAAUUUGAAAUUUACCGCACUGAUCUGUUGUAUAUCGUUUUUUUUAUUUCUAUAUACAGGUGUUGUAAAUAAGUCACGCGAUAUUCGCUUCGAAUAUUAAAUAAAAAAAAAAAAUAAGCAUGAUGUGAAUAUUAAUCGUGAUAAAAAUGAUUUGUCUGUCUGUAAAUAAGUUAAUUUAUGAUACAGUAUUACCGCACAAGUUUUUUUAAACAUUCCCCUGAUUAAAAAAAUAGAGGAAAUACU